GCCUCCAAAGCCAUCCGAGUUCAGAAUUUUGAAAAAGCACCAAUAUUCGAAGGCCGCCCGUUGCAGAAGCUCCAUUGACAGGGACGGGAGAAUUUGACAAGAAGGCGCCAUGCACAAUACGAGCUUUACACGAGGGGACCCUACCCCGCCAUACACGGACGCCACAAGAGCUCCAUUGCUCAUUGGCAUGACUGCAGGGUUUCUCGGAAUUGCAUUGAUAUUUGUCGCUCUACGUGUCUAUGUGCGGGCUGUGGUGUUGAAGAAAUGGGGUUUGGAUGACACUCUCCUCGUCGUCGCAUAUGCUUUGACAGUACUCACUGGUCUUGUGUUUUCAAUAUGCACCAUAUUUGGGCUUGGGAUGCAUGUCUGGACAGUUCCCGUUGAAGUACAGCAGAAUGGUCGCAGGGCAACGAUUGCUGCAACUUUAUCAUACCACAUUACCUUUAUCUUCGUGAAGAUAGCUUUACUCCUUUUGUACCGACGGGUAUUCGCUCAUCCCACGUUCUGUCUUGUUUGCGACGCGAUGCUAGGCUUUAUUGCGGUAUUUGGUAUUGCCGUAGUGGUGUCGUCCGUCGUCAUCAGCGCACCAGGUUGGAGAGGCGACACCUUCGCGUUUGAGCGGUACGACCAGGGAGCGUGGUGGAUGGCAACAGCUGCAGUUCACUUGGUGACCGACAUGAUCAUAUUCUUCAUGCCGAUCCCGCUUUUGAGCAGCUUGAAUUUGAAACGAGCUCAAAAGGCUGCGCUAAUUGUUACAUUUGGCGUUGGAUUCAUCACGACGGCCAUCUCUGUUGUCAGGAUGUCUACUCUUACCCAUGUAUUCACAGCUGAUGUGACGUGGGAUGUAAUUCCAUCCCUGAUCUGGUCCGAGGUAGAGCUCUGCUGUGCCGUGAUUUGCGCUUGCAUACCGACACUCCGGCCUCUGCUUCGGUCUCCGAGAUCUACUUGCUCGCAAUAUUACAACCGACAACGGUCUGAAGCAAGCGCUGAGGCGAAACUAUCUCACAAGCGGAUCAAUGGGGGAACGUUCGGGAGCCACAGUCAGCAAAGCAUCCAAAACACAACGACGAUGGAUCUUGAUCUUGACAUGGAGAUGGGUUUUGAGGCGAACAUGGAGCCGGAAAUGCCACCAGAAGCGCCCUACAACCAGAAGGGGAACAUUCAUGGGUUGACUAUCGUGACAGACAUCACUCCAGCGAUGCCGGCUGGAGAGUCGGAUGAUGGAUCUGACGUGUUUGGGCCGCUAGAUGAAGAGCUCGUCACACCAUUGAGCCCGCCUCCGAGGUCGUAUACCAGCCCUGCAAGGCUUCUUCCGCGGUCCCGGCCGUUAUCAGAAUCAUCCAACGAGCAGUGAGGAGAGUGGCGCUAAUGAUGGAGGAAAUCGGGGGGCCGGUUUGUUUAGCAAGGCGUUGGGGAUCAUUUUAUCAAAGCAGUAACACCAGGGUAGCAGAACAGAGCCAGAGCAACAAGUCUUUGGAAGGUGGUGCAAUAGCAACUUGUGAAUAGCAUCAAAUUGAGGGACACAAGUUACAAUGGAAGCAGAAGGAAUGGUGAUAAGUGGCAGGCAUCAGGGUACCUU